CUCUCCGACAUGUGGACUUUUGGACGGCUUAUUAUAAAUUUUCCCGUUCCUACCAUCACAGGCUCUCAUCCCAUCGAGAACUGGUUGCUCCGUGGUGUCAACGGCUCCGACCUCUCGGCCGGCCGGUCUUGGAUGGCUGAACGGGAAUGUGGGGCCGGGCAUGUGGCCUACCGAGCGCCGAGGUCCCGAGGUCAUCAUCCAUAGUUCGAGCUUCACAACUUCGUGACUGAGGACUCACAACGACGCCCAACACUACCCACUACAUCAAAUAAUAUAGGAAAGGUAUAAACGAGUAAAAUGCCACUUGAGGUCAUAUACGUCACUCGUCACGGAGUAAGUUCCCAUCAGCCUCGACUGUCCCGGCCAUAGAUUUCUUUGUCCUGGUAUUGAUAAAUUGGCCCCGAGUAUAGUUCCGUUCUGGAUGGAGUGUCGAUCCUCUCACUGGUGUGUACACCGGAUUCAUACGAUCGCCAACAGGCAUCCCCGCGGACCCAGCCUUGACGUCUCAUGGGGUCUCACAAUCAAAAGAGAUGGGUAAACAUCUCAUGACCCUGGAACCUCCCAUCGACGCCGUAUACUCAAGCCCGUAUUAUCGAUGUCUGCAAACGAUAACACCAUUCAUUGAACUCAAACAACAGCAACUCAAAGACCAACCAGGUAUUCGAGGCUCUGCGGCGGCCACAAUACGCCCAGAACAUGGCAUAGGUGAGUUCUUUGGGGCAGCACCUUUCGACCAUCCAACCCCCGCCUCUUCCAAGCGACUCAAGGAGCUAUUUCCAGCAUUCGAUGAGAACUAUGCGUCUGCGAUAACGCCCUCUAGAAAAGGCGAAACGAUCAAUGACCUAUAUGGGCGAGUUGCAGCAGCUGUACGAGCCAUCAUCGAGCGCUGUGACGCAGAAGGACACCGUGCUGUGGUGUUAUGCACCCAUGCUGCGGUCGUCAUAACACUGGGCCGUAUCCUUACAGGACGUAUUCCCAAAGCUGUCGAGGAAGAAGAUUUCCACGCCUUUACGUGUGGACUGAGCACGUACCGCCGGCGAGGCCCAGGCCUGAAGAGAACUCCGAUGUUGGGCCCUAGUAAGUUUGUUCGGUAGUGGAUAUCAAGUGACCAACACCGGCGGCGGGAUAUUGACAAACACAUAAACACAGACAAAUCUCACCCACCUACAAGCGACCUCAGUCCAGUAGGGGAGUGGCAGUGCGAAAUCGAUAGCGAUUGUGGUUUCUUGACUUCUGGAGAGGAACGAGGCUGGAAAUUUUCUGGCGAUGAAUCGUUUCCGGGAACCGGCUCGAUGUCGCAAGUUGAUAUUGAGUCCAAAUUAUAGUGCCGCUCAUAGGAGGAGCGUAUCACUAUAUGUUCAGGUAAUGAGAGCUCUAUAACUUCGGGUCUUGAACCGGCAGAUGGCAGAUAUGUCCCGAGGUUACAGUUACAACAAUAUACCAGCUAUAAAACUCUGAAUAUCACAAUCUUGCCGAAGAAUAAAAAACAUAUUUUGUGACA